AUGUCAACCAGGGUCCUCAUCCACGACUAUCCGCACCGGACCUUGGCACUGGUGACCGAUCAACAUGCUCUCAUCUUUCGCCACUCCCAUUCUCAACCAGAAGCCAACUCGAGACUAGGAAGUCAGACCUCCCUAUCCUCCACCAACCAGGGUCGGUCAAGUAUCACCCCUCGAUGCCUGGUCGAAUUUACCGACAAGGCUUCUAUCGACCUGACACAAUUUCACACCGUUGGCACUGCUAAGGGCACAUUGGGUCUCAUCACUCUCAACAACGAUGUCUUUCUAUGUGUAAUCACGGGAGCUGAAGAAGUCGCAACGGUCCGGCCUGGCGAGACCGUACAGCGAAUAUUUGCCGUGGAGUUCUAUUGUCUCAAUCGAGCCGACUACGAUCAUGCUCAUGGUCCCUAUCCGAAUCCAUACCCUGGUCAAACCUUUCAUUCAGAUGAUGUUGACUAUGGUGGUGGAUACGAUCAAGCGGACUCCACGGCCGAGCAUCCUUUCCACGCUUUAAGGAAACUCCUCAGUGCGGGAAACUUUUAUUACAGUGUUGACUUCGACCUGACUCGCCGUCUUCAAGACCGUGCCGAGUCCGAAUCGUCCGUUGACAUUUCGAGCCUGGACGAGGGUCUUCUAUGGAACUCCUACAUGAUUGAUCCCCUACUCAAAUUCCGCAGUCGGCUUACAGAAAGUGAAAAAGAAGCACUGGAUCACUCACGGCUACUCACUUCCGUGAUUCGAGGAUUUGUCAAAAGUCUGACAAUUCCACUAUCGUCCUCGCCAAUUCGGGGCACUGUUCCUGGUCCUCCAACCACAUUGACUGUGAUCUCUAGACUUUCAUCCCGACGUGCUGGGACAAGAUUCAACUCUCGAGGUGUCGACGACAAUGGCAACGUUGCAAAUUUCGUCGAGACCGAGACAGUUUUCUGGUCACCCACAGGACUGUGUUUCUCCUACACUCAAAUCCGUGGCAGCAUUCCCAUUUUCUGGGAAAGUACAAGUAGCUUAAUCCCUGGACAACAAAAAAUCCAAAUCACUCGCUCACCAGAGGCCACACAACCGAGUUUCGACAAGCACUUUUCCAUGCUUGAGAGGACUUACGGUGCCGUUCAUAUCGUCAACUUACUGAGUGCUUUCAAACCUGGAGAGGUAGAACUCACCGAAAGAUAUCGAUACCACAUCAAUAGAAGUCCGUUGAAACGCCACAAUGAAGGCGAAGAAGAAGAACACAGUCUAUUGCAAGAAACCGAGUUCGACUUCCAUGAGCGGACCAAGGGUGCUGGUGGUUAUGAAGGGGCUCGAGCAAUUCGACCAUACCUCGACCCGAGUUCCGAGUCUUUUGUUUAUUUUCUCUCGCAAGAAGUUGCCGAUGAAAGGGCUGGGAGGGAAAAGAGAGCACGAGUAAAGCGACCGCUCGUUAUAAUGCAACAGAAUGGCGUUUUCCGCGUGAACUGCUUGGAUUGCUUGGACCGGACAAACCUCGUCCAAGGACUUAUAAGUCAACUAGCUCUGGAAUUAUUCCUGUCCCACCGAGAUGAGAGAGCAAAUUCCGAUUUCUGGAUGCGACAUUCGGCUCUGUGGGCAGACAACGGCGAUACAUUGUCCAAGAUCUACGCAGGAACAGGGGCUCUAAAGAGUUCUUUUACUCGCCACGGUAAGAUGAGCCUUGCAGGUGCGAUUGCAGAUGCAAGAAAAUCCGCUACACGUUUAUAUGUCAACCAUUUCGAGGACAAAUCUCGCCAGAACACGGUUGACCUCCUGCUCGGAAGAUUAGUAGGUCAAAAUAGUGUCGAUUUGUUUGAUCCUGUGAACGAUUGGGUCGUCACAGAAAUCGCGAGAAGGCGAGCCGAGUUCGAGACCAGAGACCAGAUCAAGAUUUGGAUGGGCACCUACAAUCUCAAUGGCAAGACUGCUGGUGUGAGGGAAGACCUAUCUCCAUGGCUCAAUGUUCGCAACAAGGCACUUGAUAUAGUGGUAGUCGGGUUUCAAGAGAUUGUUGAGUUGAGUCCUCAACAAAUUAUGAGCACGGAUCCAAACCGCCGAAUGCUUUGGGAAACUGCGGUACGAGAGUGCCUCAAUGGAGAGUCAGACGAUGAGAAACACGAGAGCUCACCUAGCAUAGGCGAUGAAUAUGUUCUACUGCGAAGUGGACAACUCGUGGGUGCUGCGUUAUUGGUCUUUGUUCGCUCUAGUAUUCUCGGUCGCAUCAAGAAUGUCGAAGGUGCCAUCAAAAAGACUGGCAUGAGUGGUAUUGCUGGCAACAAAGGAGCAGUGGCCAUUCGCAUGGACAUUGAAAGUACUUCUGUGUGCUUUGUGACAGCACAUCUGGCCGCAGGAUUUGGAAAUUACGAGGAACGAAAUCGUGAUUACAACACUAUUACCUCCGGUCUCAGAUUCCAACGCAAUCGCAGCAUUGAGGAUCAUGAAAUCGUCUUUUGGGCUGGCGAUUUCAAUUAUCGAAUUGGGCUUGGUUAUGAAAAGACCAAAGCCAUUGUUAACGAAGCAAUCAUUGGCAAUGAAAAGAUUCGAGAUGAAGCCUUAGGCAAGCUCUAUGAAAACGACCAGUUGAACAUUCAGAUGGUGGUUGGGAAUUGCUUCAACUAUUAUCGAGAAGGACGUGUUCGAUUUCUUCCAACCUACAAGUAUGAUCUCGGGAAGGAUGAAUUUGAUUCGAGUGAUAAGCAGCGCAUUCCUGCCUGGACCGAUCGAAUUUUAUGGAAGGUCAAUCAUAAGACCAACUCGGCACAAACAGGCGAAGAUCUUGGCUCGAAGAUGAAACAACUCGAAUACAACAGUGUAAUGGGUCUUCGAUUCAGUGACCAUCGUCCAGUCUACGCCACUUUUGAGCUCGGUAUCCGAGUCAUCGACGAAGCUAAGAAGGAUGCACUUGUCAAGAAACUUUACCUUAAGCGGGCGAAGGAGGUGAAACUCCGAGCAGGAGAUUCAGUGGAAGACUUUGAAGAGAUCAGCUCCGAAGGUGAUGACGCGGAAAGCAUGAUGGAGUAUCAGAGCAUCCAAGAAGGACUUCCGCCUGCAAGUAGCGACAAGCGCAAAUGGUGGCUGGAUGGAAACAAAGGUGCUCGAAGCACGAUUCGCCCGCCCAAAGACAAUAUGGUGCUCAACGUUUCGCGGGCAGGAAACCCAUGGAGAGAAAACGAAGAGGACGAUUGGGUGGAAGUGGAAAGACCGCCCAUAUUAGAAAACCAUCACCAUGCUAAACCACAGCUCCCCGACACCAGGGCCACGAGCCGAAAACCUGUCCCACCACCAUCCAGAACAAGCAAACGAAUGAUCCCCCCAGCCUGGGAAGGAGAACGACUUGUUCCUUCGGGUCAGGCUAAGAGAGAAGCGGAAAUGAAUGCCAAUCGACGUCCUACACCACCCACGCCUCGGGGUCAAUCGAGAUCGCGGACGAGAGCAGACUCCUCGCCCAUCCAUGCGCCGAAAGACUCAAUAGGAGAAAACCCUCCCUCGGCAGGACCGCAAGUCCCGCAGCGUUCGUCCUCGACUGUGACCGUGACAAGGAAACAACCUCCUCCGAAACCGGUGAAACCCACGACCUUGGUUUCCGCCUCAAGCCAAGUUGCUGUUCCACAAGUCUCUCCAUUACCAACCUCCGUUAUCUCCCCUGACCCAACACGCUCCAGAACCAAGCCGUACAACCUAGACGGAGGCGACGAUGACAUGGACGACAAGCCCCCUCCACUACCCCGACGGACCGGAACAACCAGCUCAACGGCCUCAUUCGUUUCUGCUCCAGACUCACAUUCACGCACGCAAACACCGACCUUCAUCCCCUCCAACACUGCAGCUCUGAACACCAGUAGCAACUCAUCUCUAAGGAAAGGCACCCCACCACCGCCACCCAGCCGCAUCACUCGACUCCAGCGCGACAGCAGCAUCAGCAGCCAACACUCUCACGCCCUUAACAAUGCGCCAUCCACAACCACGACCUCAAGUCACAGCUCGCUCAGCAACGAAGCAGCACCGCCACUCCCACCGCGGACCAACACGAAUUCCUCCACGAUCAGCGGCCCAGCCGCUUCGAGAACUGCCAGUGGCGCUGUGAACCGGAGUCGCCAACCUCCGGCUCAGCAUCAGCAUCAGCAUCAGCAUGAUCUCCUGAACGACGAAGAUGAUGAGAUCGAUGGCGGCCCUGUUGGUCAUGAGCACUCGGAGGCGCGUAGGAGCGCGCUCGAUCGCUAUAAGCCGCUCGUGCCCAGUUGA